AGUUCACAGCUACUAAUUCUGCAGAAGCUAUAGACUGGGUGGAUCAUAUCACAUUUCUGCUGAAAGAUAUGAAUUCCUUCAUUAUCCCCUAUGAGGAAGAAGAGGAGGAAGGAGGAAGAAGAGGAAGAAGAGGAAGAGAAAGAAAAGGACUACCAUAAUACUGAUAAAGAAGAGGCCUAUGAUGACAUGAGAGUUUUGAUACCCCAAGUGUAACAUUUAAUCAGGAUUCCACUUUGGACCUAGACAAAGAGGAGACCAUGGUGCAAGGCAAAGAAGGCAUAUAUGAAGUUCUUCCAGAUGAGGACUUCAACAUGUUUGGUCAGGACGACAGGGAAAAUGCUGGAAACAUCAAAAAUAAAGGAUUCAUAAGGCGUUAUGCAAAUUAUUAUCAAAGUCUAUGGGACUGCACAGGGGGCCACCCAGAUGAACUUUCCUUUCAAAGGGGAGAUUUGAUAUACAUUAUUAGUAAGGAAUAUAACAUGUAUGGAUGGUGGGUCGGAGAGCUGAACAAUAUAGUAGGGAUUGUCCCAAGUAACCAUCUCAUGCCUGCCUAUGAUUUGGAAGAAUGAGGAACAGCAGAAAAAGGUAAGGAAAAUAAGGAAAGCUGUGCUUAUAAAGCUAUGCUGCAGCUUUGAUCAUCUCAUUCUGGAUGAUUCUCCUUGGCAAGCUGCUUUCCAUGCUCUCAUGCAAGUUCCAUUUAUCUCUUCAAAGCUCUAGAAUUUUCCAUUUUCCAUGGAUCCAAUAGUUUUUUCAGAUCCAAACUUCACAUUUCAUUAACUACUACUUCUGUCCUAAAUCAGGGUCUCAAUGUGGGUAGAGGCAGUCUUUUAAACACUUUGUAGUAGACUGUAAUCCCAAUGAAAAUCCAUAUUCACCCUAGUGGGAAAAUGCUGUUGAUAAUCAAAAUAUACUCCUUCACUCCCUGGAAAUGAUUACUAUAUAACAGCAUCCCUAAACCGAUUAGACCAAUAUAUUAUAUAUAAUAUAUUGCCUGGUGGUGGCUAUCCAGAAUUUUCUAGCUCAAUUUGGUUAAGAUAAAGACUGAAUUUGGAUUUUCUAGAUGCAGAGCAUGUGUUCGACCACUGAGUACGAUUCCUUCAUAAGUUAUGUUGUGGUGUCACUUGAAUUUCAACCUCUGUCUCCAGUGGUUCAUAAUUUUUAAAGUACAUAUUAAAUGUAGGUCUGUAUUUGUAAUAUGUAGAAUGACCAUUCCUUUGCAGCAUGUAAUAGGAUCUGAAAUCUUUUAAUGGGUAGUGGCUGCCUUAUCUUUUUCAAAGUAAGGCAAAAUAGAAGGUAGACGGUAGAACAUAUAGGAAUGAUUAAGUUAGCUACUUGGGCUUUCCCUCUGCAUUCUGGUAUCAGCAAUGUAAAUAGUAUGCCUCUGUCUUCAGCUGGUUACUAAACAUUCUCUUGCCAAAGCUAUUAAUGCUUCAUCAGCUUUCAGUCUUCCCUCAGGUACUUUACAGUAAAGUGAACAGCGCUUAAGAGACUUGAAAGACAUAGUAUAAUGUUUUAAUAACUACCAAGAGGUGGUGCUAAUAGUAAACCAUGUUUGUAAGAAACAUGACCCAGAGAAAAGAAGUGGCCUAGAAUGGUGGACAUUUGAUAAGGAAUUAAUGAAUUAAGGCUAGCCAGUUAUACAUCUGUUUUCUGCCUACAAUCUGGUUUCAAGAUUCCUUAGAUACUGUGGAGCGUUACAAUAACAUUGUCUUCCUCUACUGAGAGAAAACACUUUCUUUCUUUUUAAAAAUACUUGUUCUACUUAGAAGGGGCAAAUUGAUUGUCAACUAAAGAACUGACCCUGAUUAAUCAGGCCUAGUGAAGAGCACCAUGUAAAUCUAAAAGCUUGCCUCUAUUUUCACUAAUAGAAACUGGCUCAAUAUAAAUGAUUGAUCACAUUCCUAAUCACAUAUGUCUUCUUAGAAAAUUCAGAUAUGCCUACAAUUGCUUUACAAGAGACAGCUCUUAAGUCAUGAUUAGAAGGGGGAUUGUAUACUUACCAAGUGCUGAAGAUUACCCUGAAGUGGCAGCUCAGGCCAUAAUUCCAGAUAUUCUGGA